AUGUCACUUCGUUCCCCUCGAUCACCAACAGAUUUCUCGCGGCGUGGCUUUCAGCCCAUAGACGGCGGCGAUAUGACCGAAAACAUCCCCCUCACACAAGUGAGAACUGGAGCCUCUUCCACAGGCGCACGAAAGCCUGGAGAAGGAAUACUGGCAGGAAGCUCGGAAAACGAUUCUGGCAAAGAAGAUGAGAAGCAAGGAAUGUUUAGAAGAGGAAUAGCCGGCAGGAGGAAAGUCCAUCCCUCGAGAAGAGGAACAAACGGAGAGGAGGUUUCUGUCAAUGGCUUGGGCAGAUUUUACAACACAAUCAUUCAUUUCUCCGUGGUCACUCGCUACAUGUUCUACGUUGCGCCAAUUGGUAUAAUACUCGCAGCACCAAUCGUUGUUUUCGCUGUCUUGUACCCAACGGCAACUAUUGGAAAAAUGAAAUUAUACUUGUUCUUCACUUGGAUUGAGAUCAUCUGGCUUAGUAUUUGGGUUUCGAAGCUAUGCUCUAAAGCCAUACCAUACAUCUUCAUGUUUUUGUGCGGAGUUGUCAGCACUGGCGUUCGAAAGUACGCAACUAUCUUGAGAGCUUUAGAAAUUCCAUUAUCCUUGGUUGGAUGGGCCAUUACCAGCUUGGUCACCUUCACGGCUUUGACGACUAAAGAUUUGAAUAAGCUACACAAAAAUGGCAAAGACUAUGAUGGCACCAUGGAUCCAUGGGUCAACACGAUGAAGCGUGUUCUGGUACCUACUUUGAUUUCUACAAUCUUACUCUUGGUAGAGAAACUCAUCGUCCAAUUGAUCAGUGUCAAUUAUCACCGACGCUCUUUCGAUGGACGUAUCAAAGAAUCAAAGCACCUUAUCCACUUACUUGGUCUCCUCUACGAAGCAUCCCGAACUCUGUUUCCCAUGUACUGCCCCGAAUUUGCAGAAGAAGACUACAUCAUCAGUGAUAGUAUCGAAGCCGUCCUUCAAAAGACGAACAGAAGACUAUUGGGACAUAACAGAUCCGGUUCAAAUACGCCAAUGAAGCUUAUUGGAGACAUUGGCCGUUUUGGUGACAAAGUGACCUCAGUCUUUGGAAAUAUUGCAUCUGAGAUUACCGGAAAGCAAGUUUUCAACCCCAAUUCUGCUCACUCUGUCGUUAUUGAAGCACUUGAGAAAACCAAAUCCUCCGAGGCAUUGGCGAGACGUUUAUGGAUGUCUUUCGUUGUGGAAGGCAAGGAUUCUUUAUCUGCAGAAGAUCUCGAAGAGGUCCUCGGCGCUGGUCGCAAGAUGGAAGCUGAGGAAAUUUUUGAAGCUUUGGAUAAUGAUGGAAAUGGCGAUAUCUCUCUUGAUGAGAUGAUCAUGAAAGUAGUGGAUAUUGGCCGCGACCGAAAAUCAAUUGCAAACAGCAUGAGAGACGUUGGACAGGCCAUUGGUGUUCUUGAUCAGGUCUUACUCAUUAUCGUUCUCAUUAUUGUUAUUUUCGCCUACAUUGCCUUCCAAGAUACUGGUUUCCUCGCCACAUUGACAACUGCCGGUACAACUCUCUUGUCUCUAUCUUUCGUUUUCGCUGCCACUACCCAGGAGUUCCUUGGUUCUUGUAUCUUCCUUUUCGUCAAACAUCCAUACGAUGUCGGUGAUCGCGUCGAUAUCAGUUCCGAAUACCUUGUUGUGGAACAAAUCUCCUUACUUUUCACCAUUUUUAAACGCAUCGACAACAUGAAGAUGGUACAGGUACCUAACAUUGUCCUCAACAACCUUUGGGUCGAGAACAUCACUCGUAGCAAGGCGAUGAAAGAACAACUCGACAUGUUCAUUUCCUUUGAUACCACUCUCGAGGAUAUUGAACUACUACGCACAGAAAUGGAAAAUUUUGUUCGUCAUCCAGACAAUGCUCGUGACUUUCAAUCCGACAUUGUAUUGGAGGCUGUGGGCAUUGGAAACAUGGAUAAGCUUCAACUCAAGGUCGAAAUCAGGCAUAAAUCUAAUUGGCAUAACGAAACAGUUCGCGCUGCUCGUCGCUCCAAAUUCAUGUGUGCUCUUGUUUUGGCCUUGCGCAAGAUUCCAAUCAACGCUCCUGGAGGUGGUGGAGAUGCUCUCGGUGGACCUGCCAACCCCAACUACUCUGUCUCUGUAACAGAUGAAUGGGCCGCCGAAGCACGGGAUAAAUCAUCAACCACCAAAGACUCAAAGCGCCUCAUACCCACGAAAUCUCUGAAAAAUACAAAUCCAGAUCUUGGUCCAAUAGAUACUGAGGAAGAGGCCGCGGAACAUUUGAAUGCAAGACGACCUGGUUUAGACUUUGCACAUAGUAACAGUUACAACGACAACGAUGAUAUGUCGACCUUGGGAGAAAAUAAUUUCGACCACCAAUAUAGCAAUCAAAGGACAUCUCUGAUGAAGAGAGCAAGCACCCGAGGUAGACGAAAGCCUGGAGAACAUCUACCACCGAAUGCAUUCCAGUCAUCUCCUGGUUUUAGCGUUACAAUAGACGAGCCUUCAGGAUCAGGAACUUAUGGAAAUUCUUUCAUGAAUGAAGGUGCUUCAGGUUCUACUGAGUACAAUUCUUCAUAUGGUAGUGGAAGUGGUUAUCAAAAACAUGCACCAUUCCCUGUAAAUUUAUCUGGUCAACUCGGACGUAACGCAUCCGUUGCUUCGAAUAGAAGCCAAAUUGGACCCGAUGGGGCUGGUAUACCAUCGUCGACAUCACUAUACCCAUCAUAUUCAGUAGGACAACAAUCUGCCGGUGUAGCUUCCAUCUCGACUGCUAGCAACACAUCACAAGCUGCUCCUGGUCGGACUUUAGUCGGUAGCGCACCAGCAAGCCGAGCGAGAAGUGGAACUACAGGUGGUAGUCGACCGAAUGUCGAAGAUGAAGAAGAGUAG